UUGAAGCGCAACCCUCGAAGGUGAUUGGCUGUUGUUUUACUUAACACCAGAUUCGAGUUCAACCUAAUUGCCUGGUCCUCCAUUGUUUCCUAUGCUCCCAUCGAAGCUCUCCGAAAGCGCUUCUAUCGGAUCAGUAAUUUUAGGAAAGGAUUUUGUCUGCCUCUUAGACAACGAGAACUGCUGGAUAUGGACUUGACUUCUAUGUCACCUGUAAAGGAAACAUCGGGAGGGGCAGAGCAACAGACUAUGAAAGUCUAUCUCCGAGUCAGGCCUUUUUCCAAAGAGGAGCUCUCUGACAAAGAGGAUCAGGGUUGUGUAGUGAUAGAAAAUGACCAGAUGGUCACGCUGAAGGCCCCGAGAGGUUCUGCCACCUUGAAAUGCAGUGAGAGGGGUAUCGGCAUGUCUGUGCACAAAUUCUCUUUUUCUAAGAUUUUUGGACCAGCGACAACCCAGGCUGAGCUCUAUGACCACACCGUCAGCAGCGAGAUGUCUGAUUUCCUGGACGGAAACAAUGUGCUGAUCUUCAGCUAUGGUGUCACCAAUGCUGGAAAAACAUUCACAAUCCAAGGGACUUCAAAAGAGCCAGGAAUAUUGCCUCGAGUGUUGGAUGCGACCUUUCAGUACAUAUCGGGGCGGCAGUAUGAGGCCAUGGACGUGAAGCCGUACCUCAGGAACGAUGCAUGUUGUCUGAAUGUUGACCAAGUCAAGCAGGAGAAGAGUGCUAAAGUUGCAGUUUUUGCAUCAUUUAAAGAGGAAUGUGAUUCCUUGCACUGUUCUGAGCCUGAUCUCUCCUCUUCCUCUGACUGUCACUCAGUGACUUCAAGCCAUCUAACAGAUGAAGGAAGCGCCCAAUUUGCUUUAUGGGUUGCAUUCUUUGAGAUCUACAACGAGUACAUCUACGAUCUCCUUCAACCGUCCUUCUGCUCAAAGUCCAAGAAGCGCGCUGCUCUUCGCGUCUGUGACGACGGCGUUGGCAACGCUUAUGUCAAAGAUCUCCGAUGGAUCAACAUCCAGAGUUCAUCCGAAGCCAGCAAGCUACUACAGUUCGGCAACAAAAACAGAAGCGCUGCGUCCACCAAGCUGAAUCAGUCCUCAAGCAGAAGCCACAGCAUAUUUACCAUGAAGCUGCUGAAGAUGGAGUGCAACACAGUCAAAAGGAUCUCGGAGUUUUCGCUAUGUGACUUGGCUGGGUCUGAAAGAUGCAACAAAACCAAAACCUUUGGGGAGAGGCUAAAAGAAGCAGGAAACAUUAACAACUCACUCCUCAUCCUGGGGAAGUGCAUCACUGCUCUUCGCCAUAAUCAGACUGACAGAAUGAAGAGCACCUACAUCCCUUUUCGUGAGAGCAAACUCACUAAACUCUUCCAGGCGGUUUUCUGUGGCAAAGGAAGAGCGUCAAUGAUCGUCAACAUUAAUCAGUGUGCUUCCACAUAUGACGAGACACUCCACGUCAUGAAGUUCUCUGCUGUUGCCAAACAGGUGGUGCAGGUGAUCCCAGACAAGCAUCUGGAAUCUCUGCCUCAGUGUCUGGUGGCGCCGAACGGAAAAUCUCUGGUGAGGAACGGUGUGAUCGACAGGCAGGUCUUGGAAAGCUACCUGUCUGAAGAAGAGUUGCUGAGUGAGGAAGAUGACGCCGACAUGACCUUACUGACUCAGAACGAGCUACUUGAGACGAUCGAAACCCUCCGAGCAAAACUGUUGGCGGCACGAAGACGAAAUGUGGAGCAGGAGAUAGAGAUUCGGAAGGAAAUGGGCGACGCCAUGUUACAGCAGCUCAUGGAAAGCGAGGAGCUCCGCAGCCAACAGAUUGAAGAGCUGAAGGAGUCGUACCAAGAAAAAAUGGAGAACACUUUUGAGAUGUAUAAGGACGCUAUAAAGGAACACGCGUACAAGAGUGCCUUGAGCAACCUAGAAGACGACUACGUGCCUCUUGACGAGUUCACUGCAGAGCAAGAGAAAGUCGAGGUCCUCAAACGACAGCUUUCAGAGUUGUCAUCUGGUACCAGUGUGUGCACAGUUGCUACAGUGGACGCAUCGUGUCAGUGUCAACCGUUGAAAGACUUUGAAGUACCAGGGGAGGAACGUUUAAAACGUCUUUACAAGGAGAAAAAUGCCGUAGAACGGAUGUGCGAGGACAAGCAACAGCUGAUAUUGUCCAUGGAGAGACGACUGAUUGAACUUAGUGAAACCCUUCAGACGGUUCGAGACGGUUUCGUGGAGAAAUCGGCUGAACUGGAGGUUCUUCAGGUGAAGAGCCAAGAUCAGAAACAUCGCGCCAGGGCGUUCGUGCUUGAUGCCCCGCACUUUAAACCAACCUGGUCAAAUGAGGAUGUCCAUUAUCUGCAGCCUGAGGGGAGGAGUAAGCAACAAAAGGGCCUUGAGAGGAAAAAAGGAAACGGCAUCACUGUCUGCGAACAUCAUUCUCCAAGGGGAAUCCAGUCAAACCUCGUCUGUCAGCCUAUCCAUUGCUACCGCAAACAGGAAGGGGCUCAACGGAGAAUCCCGAUGCAGUCCCACCUCCACCUUAAGUGCAACUCUCUUUACUGAUAUCAAAAUGAACUAAGUACAGAUACACGGCCUUCCAUCAGUACAUAUUCUCCGAUUAUACAUAUUGUAU